AUGGUACUUUUGCAUGUUGCUUACUCAAUGGAGUUGCAUAAGGUUAUGAUUUAUCUCAUGAAACAGAUUUCCAAGAACUUGAGGUCUGAUCCUGAGAAACUUUCAAGCUUUUUUGAGGAUGGAAUACAAGGAAUAAGGAUGAAAUAUUAUCCACCCUGUGUAGAGGCAAGUAAGGUAUAUGGUUUAGCACCACACUUAGACGCUACAGGCUUAACCUUAAUGCUCUUGCUUCAAGUGAAUGAAGUUGAAGGAUUACAAAUUAAGAGAAAUGAGAAAUGGGUGACUGUUAAACCCAUCCUUACCGCAUUUAUCAUCAAUAUUGGAGACAUGGUGGAGAUUAUGAGCAAUGGAGAAUAUAAAAGCAUAGAACAUAGAGUUGUGGUUAAUCCAGGGAAAGAGUGGGUAUCGAUGGCAGCACUUCGCUAUGGAAACAAGAAUGCCCAGGUUGGCCCUUUGCCAGAUCUUGUUAAGACUAACAAAGCACCAUAUAAGACUAUACCAGUUGAAGAGUUCCUGAAACUGUAGUUGACCAACAAGCUUGAUAGGAAACGUCUGUUGAAUCAAAUUAAGAUCUAAUUCAAAAUCUUAGUUCACUUUAUCAGCUUUAGGUCCUUGUUAACAUUUUUAAGGAAAUGGAUUGUUAUGAUAGUGUCAAGUU